AUCCUGUUUCCUCCACCUUGUACCAGAGCACACUUCACAGGCUGGAGUCUUGUUUUUCAAAGCAGAAAAUCCAGUUGCCUCUGAAUCAUGAAAACACUGAGGUGCAGUCUGUGGGGGGCUUUGUCUGCACUGCUCGGCAUUACUUUCAUUUGGUACCUGAGUUUGUCAUAUAUCCUCCUGAUCAAGCUUGAACAAGAGGACAGAGGUUCAAUCGGUCACAGCAGCCUGAGGCAUGCUGAUCAUGUUGGGAUGGAGAAAAGUGAGGCUAAAGCCACUUCAUUAUCCUUUUCAACAGACUACACAGAAGAACUGCAUACAGUCCAGAUUAAAAUGGCGGCAGAGGGGAAAAAAGAACAACCGCAGGCUGAAAUGAUCGAGGAGAAGAUUUAUCAAGUCCAACUGCAACAAGUGCCUUGGAUGGAGGAACUUCUGAAGCAGCAGGCAGAGAAGGUGGAGAAAAAAGACGGACGAGAAAAAUCAGAUAAUCAUAUCCAAGAGGACAGACACUGCCUGCUGCCAUCCAUGGCUCAAUACCCUGCCUGUAUUAGCAAGUUGAAGUGGAUGAGUGAAAACUGGGAGACGGAGCCUUGUUACGGACGUCACGGCGUGAACGGAUCUCUGUGCUCCUUCAUCAUCUACCUCAGCGAGAUAGAGUCCUGGUGCCCUUUGCUUCCAGGCCGAUUGACCCCAUCAGUGACAGAAGAAAAGUCUGAGGUGGGCUCUGACCCAGCGGUGAUACGGACAAGUAUGGAAGAUCUAUAUCCACUUCUGGAAAAUAAUGUCCAGCUCCAGUGGAUUCAUCAAAGAAUUAAGAGUAUGGCAGAUGCUUGGGUAGACGCUGGAAACUCCCUGUCAGCGAAAUACAACCUCACAGGGAGAAAAGCCAAACACAUCCUAUUGCAUCCAGGUGCUUUGACGGAUGAAUCGGGUUUUAAAAUACCACAGUAUGCCUCCAAAGGUGGGCCCCUCGGGGAGCUCAUCCAGUGGAGUGACCUCAUGGCCACGCUUCACGUCCUCGGUCACCGUCUUCACAUUUCUGUCUCUUUACCUCAACUCAGAAUCCUUCUAGGGAUUAGGACAGAUGGUUGCCCUCCUCCUCCAGCAGUGGAAGCAAACCUGAUCUACACAGACAUCACAGGCCUCAGGCAGUUUAAAAGAAUACUUAAACACUCCUGGACUAUAUAUAAAUGCAGGAUUCGUGUGUUGGAUUCAUUUGGCACUGAGCCAGACUUCAAUCAUGCCGUUUGGGGUAGAACUCACAAUCGCAAGAGUCCAUACGGUGGCCUCCAUCUGAUCCCAGCGCAGUUCAACACCAUGUUCCCUCACACACCAGACAACACCUUCCUGGGCUUUGUGGUGCAGGAUCACCUCAGCUCUAAGUCGACCGCACAACUCAAUUCUAUCAGGCGAAAAAACCAGGCUCUUAUUUAUGGAAAGAAUGCCAACUUUUGGAUGGGAAAGAGGGCUUAUCUGGACGUCGUCCACAAAUACUUUGAGAUGCACGCGACAGUCGCCGACAGUCCGCGGAUUCCGAGAUACGUGAAAAACCACGGCAUCGUCAAGGGGACUGAGUUGCAGAUGCUGUUGAGACAAAGCAAGGUUUUCGUGGGCUUGUCUUUCCCAUACGAAGGCCCCAGCCCUCUGGAGGCGUUAGCCAACGGCUGUGCUUUCCUGAACCCAGUGUUUGACCCACCACUGAGCAGCUUGAACUCACACUUCUUCAAAUGGAAGCCCAACACCAGAGAGGUGACGUCACAGCAUCCCUAUGUGGAGGCCAUAGGAGAGCCCUAUGUAUGGAUGGUAGAUAUGUUCAACACAACGCAAGUGGAGAGAGCUCUCAAUGCUAUUCUCAGUCAAAGUAUUGAGCCCUACCUUCCCUAUGAGUUCACCAGUGAGGGCAUGCUCCAGAGGGUCAACACCUUGAUAGAAAAACAGGACUUCUGCUCCAGUACAAAGACGUGGCCCCCACUGAGCGCACUCCAGGUUGUGAUGGCAGAGGUCGGCACUUCAUGUAAACAAGAGUGUCAGGCGGUCGGGCUCAUCUGUGAACCUGCAUUCUUCCCACAGAUUAACAGCAUCAACGCUCUUGCCAACUACGGGGUAGACUGUCAAACAAUAGAAAUAGCAGACAAACACCUGGUGGCGCCGGCCUUCGACGGCGACAAACACUGCGUCUUACAGUUGGACCCGCUGCUCUUCAGCUGCGUGAGAUCGACCCCGUCCCUGGUGCGCAUCUGUCCGUGUAGAGAUUAUAUUAAGGACCAGAUUGCUUUAUGCAAGACGUGUAUAUGACUGCAGUACAGACAACAACCACCUGAGGACACUGUUCUACAGCAGCACCCCAACUCCAACAUGGUUGUCUCCAGCAAACUCUGGAACAGGUUCGAUUCUUGGACUUGGACUGAUUUGAAGUGCAAGAUUCAGCAACUGUCGUGUGUUUAUAGCACGUGGACUUUUUGAAAUCGUGACAGUGUCAUGACAUCAUAAGUUAAGCCUCGAUAAGCACCAUGGCUGUAACAAAAGGAGAAAAACACUAAAGUAUUUGACUAAAUGUACCAUUUUAUUAGGUUUGGUUAGUUAGAUUAGUUUGGUGAAUGUUAUGCAGUAACAAAGGUGUUAAUGCAUAUAUAUAUAUAUAUAUAUAU